AUGGCGCGCCGCGGCCGCGCGCGGCUGGAAAGCGCCGCGGCGAUCGUGCUUCUGCUCUGGGCGGCCGUGGAUGCGGAGGGCGGAGGCCUUGGCCGGCUGGGAGCGGGAGGCAAGUCCGGGGAUGUGUUGAGCAGCCAUGGUAUGAGGACCCUACAACAGGACCCAGCAAUCCGGCGUGGUGUGGCAGCGCCAUGUGGCCGCUUCCCUUACAUGGUGUCCCUCCAGGACAACAAUGGAAAGCACAAAUGUGGGGGCAUCCUGGUGGACCCCUUGUGGGUGGUCACUGCAGCCCACUGCGUUGACAAGGAGUCCAUUCUGGGCACUCGGCCCAUUGCGAAGAUCGGACCCUGCAGGCACCAAGAUGCAAAGGGCACUGAAAACGAUGGUGGAGUGGUUGAGCUUUUCCUCGUCAAGAACACCAUCCUCCAUGACAACUUCACUGGUGAGUCAGAGGAGGGCUAUGAUAUAGCGUUGUUGAAGCUGCCAGAGGCCUCUGCGCUUGUGCAUGCCAAUCUCCCUGACAAGACAAACACCAUCAGCGGCACGGAGAACGUCGCAACGAUCGGCUGGGGGCUGCAGGAGGACAACCGGAUUCCGGACGACCUGCAGAUGCAGGCCAAUGUGUUGGUCCUGCCCCCCAUAUUAUGUGCGGACGAGAGUGCCUGGGGGGACAUCUUCAUCGACUCCAUGAUCUGUGCAAAUGGGUUUGGCGAAGAGCAGGGAACGUGCCGAGGUGACAGCGGGGGGCCUCUCCUUGAGUUCAUCCCAGUGGCUGGCGGCAUAGAGGAUGCAGACCCUGAGCAGGACGUCAUACUGGGUGUCACAUCCUUUGGGGACAAGGCCUCAUGCGGCAAGUCGAUGCUGCCCACUGUCUUCACGAGCCUGGCUGCCCACAGGGACUGGAUUGACAGGGUGAUCCAGGAUGGGAAGGGAGUCCCAGAGGAGGAAGGUGAAGCAACCCCUGAAGUAGAGGGCGAAUCAGCGCCUGAAGCCGAUGAUGAAGAACCUGAAGCUGCGGAGGAAGAGCCUGAGGCUUCUGAGACUCCCGAAGCUCCAGAGGCUCCCGAAGCUCCAGAGGCUCCUGUAACUCCUGAAACUCCUGAGACUCCUGAGGCUCCUGAGACUCCUGAGACUCCCAAGGCUCCUGAGGCCCCUGAGGCCCCUGAGGCUCCUGAGGCUCCUGAGGCUCCUGAGGAGGCGGUAGCAGCGGACUGCAUGUGCUCCGCCGAUGGCAGCAGCGAAGGCGUGGACACAGGGAGCGCGGGCUGCCAGAGCGGAUCCGCCAGUGGCAUCGUGCUGUGCUAUGUGGCAAGCAAGGCUGCUUGUGAGGCUGCUGGUAUGGGUGCAGAUUCGCACCUUUUCCCAGGGGCAUGGUGGAUGCUGUGCGAGGGCACCCCUGCUGUACAAGACCUUAAGAGGGAUGCCGAUGUACCUCCAGAGGAGCAAGAGAAGCUGGAUGAGGAGCUCCUGCGCCUGGUGCCUGCCGCCGUCAACGCCUCCACCAUCGACCGCAUCCGCGAGCUCCUGCUGAGCGGCGCGGACCCCAACGCGCCCUUCCGCACGGAGACCGUGCUUCACCUGGCGGCGGGCCACGGCGAUGUCGCCGCGGCCACGAUGCUGGUCGAGGCCGGGGCCGAGAUCGACGCCCAGGACGACCUGGGAUCGACGCCACUGCACCUGGCGUCGGCAUUCGGCAAAGUGGGCGUGGCGAGGCUGCUAGUGGUGGCGGGAGCGGAUGUUGGGAGAAGGGACGGCGCCGGGCAGUCAGCGAGGCAGGUGAUCUGUUCGUUUGCGGUGUGCAGCAGCAGGGAGGAGAGGCAGCUGGGGGAGAUCCUCUCCUAG